UGAAUUUCCCGCCUUGUACAGGAAGUAGGAAGUUCAAAUUCCAGUCACCAGAUAGUUCUAGUGUUUGGAUUGUACACAGGAAGUUUGGAGCACAUUGACAUGACCUCAUGAAGGUUUCAAGAUGGUUCGGAACUAUAUAAGAAAAACUAACAGAGCUGAAAUAUCAGAAGAGGCAGUUAAGGCAGCCCUAGAAGAUGUGAAAAAUGGAAACAUGUCCAUUCGACAAGCAGCAGCCAAUCAUGGCUUAAAAAAAUCCAUGCUGCAUAAGCGAUUAAAAAAACUUGGGCCACUAGAGCCAGGCCAUCCGGAUAUUGGUCCUACAACAUCAAACCAUGGCAAAAGCAAGUACAGCCAUCCGCAGGUGUUCUCAACUGAAGAAGAAGAUAUGUUAGAGGACUACUUGAUUCAAUCAAGUAAGCUUCAGUAUGGCCUGACAUAUAAGCAGGUCAGAGAGCUUGCAUAUGAUUACGGAGUAAAGUUGGAACGGAAACUACCAAUAAGUUGGGAAACGAACAAAUCAGCUGGACUGGAUUGGAUGAAGGGUUACAUGAAAAAACACCCAAGAUUGAGUUUAAGAAAACCCGAAAAUACAAGUAUCGCUCGUAAUUUAAACUUCAAUCAACACAAUGUUAGUACUUUUUUCAAAAACCUUGAAAUGGUGAGGGGAAAGAACAAAUUUAAGCCUGACAACAUAAUCAACGUGGAUGAAACUGGAUUAACCACUGUUUUAGAAUCACCAAAAGUAGUAGCUCCUACUGGUGUCAAGCAAAUAGGCCAAACUGUAUCAGCAGAAAGAGGUGAACUUGUCACGGUGUGUGGCAUUGUAACCGCUGCUGGAAAUGCUAUCCCCCCGGUAUAUAUUUACCCAAGAGUGAAUAUGAAAUCUUCAUUCCUUAUCGGUGCUCCAAAUGGCAGUGUUGGAUUUGCCUCCCGAACUGGUUGGAUGAACCAAGAUGUUUUCUAUGAAGUAAUCAAACAUAUUGCACAACAUAAGCUACCAACAAAAGAAAAUCCAAUACUGAUUCUAUUGGACAAUCACGAAUCGCAUAUAAGUUUAAAUACAAUUGAUUACUGCAGGCAGAAUGGGAUUGUUCUGUUAACAUUCCCUCCACAUACUUCCCACAAACUGCAACCACUUGAUGUGGCUGUGUUUGCCCCCUUCAAAUCUGCCUGUAAAGCUGCUUUUAACAGGUGGAUAAGCUCUAACCCAGGGACACAUAUAAGCAUAUACAAUAUCGCCCAUUUGUCUUCGAUUCCGUUUGAUGAAGCAUUCUGCAGAAAGAACAUUAUCUCUGGUUUUCAAAAAACUGGAAUUGAACCAUUUAACCAAUCAGUUUUUACACAAGAUGACUUUGCCCCCUCAACAGUUACAGAUAGACCUAAUCAACAAGAUGACACUAUGGGGGAGGCUGAUCUGCCUAGCGGUUUUGUAGAUUCAACUGAAGAAAACAUUUCUCAACCUGGGACAUCUGCAUCUAUUUCUGCAAAGGAAGUAGGCCUAGGUCUAUUAGAAAAUAUGGCCAUAGACCCAGUUAACUUGGAUGUUCCUGAUACAGGCAUAGGCCUAUCUAAUGAUGAAACUGUACCCGGUAUCAAAGAAACGAUUCCAAAGAGACUUCCAUUGGAAACACUUAAAACCGCCGUCAGUCCAGAGCAAGUAAGACCAUUUCCCAGGUCUGAACGGAAAAAGUCUAUCAACAAAGGGAGAAAAAAGGGGAAAUCGUGUGUGCUUACAGAUACACCGGAGAAGAACAGAAUAGAACAGGAGGUUAGAUUAAAAUUAAUGAAGAAGGAAAAAGCCCAAUGUAGGUCUAAAAGAAAAAUUGAUUUAAGCCUAUCUGUAAAAAAAGAUUUGAAGAAAAACAAAAAGAAUAAGAUACUUAAACCCAGAGAUUUGAUAGGCAGUUUUGAAAGUGAUUCAGAAGAAGUUGACGAUGUGGAACUAUGCGAUGAUGGUGGGUUUAGCCCUUUCUCAGAAUCUAGUGACAGUGAACCAGAAGGGACUGGCGAAAAGGUAGAACAUGAUGGAAGAAAUGUGAAUAUUAAUGACUUUGUCUUAGUGAAGUUAGCUGGUAAAAAAGUUAUUAAGUAUUUUGUAGCACAAGUCAGUGAAAAAAUUGGUCUUACAGAUUUUACAGUCAGCUUCCUAAAAAGAAAGGACUACACCUACAAGUUUGUAAAACCUGCAGUUGACGAUGAAAGUACUAUUGACAUUUCUGAUAUCAUUGUAAAAUUGCCUCAACCAAAUGUUGUUGGAGGAACAGAAAGGGCCAUAAGUGUUUUUAAUUUUAAGUAUAAUUUUUCUGGCUUUAACAUGGGCUAAUUUCAGAAAGUUGAGAAAAAAGUAACAAGAAUUGAAGCUUAUUAGUUAGAAUUUUUUCUAUAAAUGUAAAUUUGCAUUUUUAUUUUGAUUUUCAUUGAUAAUUU